GUAAUUGUAAGUACCCCUUUUUUCUCUCUCCUUGUUCAUUCAACGUAGAUUCUUCUUGAAAAUCCUGCAAGCUUUCUGCUUUAUCUUUCAUUUAGAUAAAAUAGAUAAUUAUAUAUUUGUGUGUUUGAGAGAAAGAGAGGAAGGGGGAGAGAGAGAUUUAUAAUUUAUAUGGGGAAAUCAGGAGGGGCUAGGAAGAAGAAGGGUGGUGCAAACCAAGUGUCAGCGGAUAAUUCAGCUCCAAAUGCUAAUGGCGGCGUUGAUUUAGACUCUUCGGUCUUUUUGAAAAGAGCCCAUGAGCUCAAACAAGAAGGGAAUGACAGGUUUACAAGUAAGGACUAUGUGGGUGCUCUCGAGCAGUAUGAUAAUGCUCUUAAACUUACUCCAAAAACCCAUCCGGACCGAGCUGUGUUUCAUAGCAAUAGAGCGGCUUGUUUGAUGCAAAUGAAGCCUAUAGACUAUGAGGCAGUGAUUGCUGAGUGUACUAUGGCGCUUCAGGUCCAGCCCCGUUUCGUCCGGGCUAUCCUUAGGAGGGCUAAGGCACUUGAGGCAAUAGGGAAGUAUGAAAUGGCGAUGCAGGAUGUGCAGGUGUUAUUGGGGGCAGACCCAAAUAAUGGGGAUGCUUUGGAGUUUGCCCGGAGGUUGAGGACAGCAUUGGGUCCUCGCCAGGAGGCACAGCAGGAUCUCCAGAGCCGCCCGUCACCUGCUGCCCUCGGGGCUUCUGCAGUUCGUGGUGCCCCAGUUGGUGGCUUAGGGCCUUGUUUGCCUGCCCGACCAGUACCAAAGAAGGCAACUACCACAGCAGGGGGAUCAGUCAUAUUGCCAAAUCAUAAGCCAGAGAGGCCCCAAACUGUUUUACCCACAGAAAAUGGUCCAGAGUCUAAAGUACAGUUGCCCAAGCUCGUGUUGAAGCCUUCAAGUGGUUCUUCAAAACCUGCCAAUCCAAGCAAGGAUAACCGGAAGGAAAAUUCAUCUCUUUCAUCGGUGUCAUUGCGUGGGCAGACUCCAGAGGCUGCAAUCCAGUGGAGGCCGUUGAAGCUUGUUUAUGAUCACGACAUAAGGCUUGCCCAGAUGCCAGUGAAAUGCACUUUCAGAGUGUUAAGGGAGAUUGUGGGCAAAAGGUUCCCAUCAUCAAAAUCAGUUUUGAUCAAGUAUAAGGAUAAUGAUGGUGAUUUGGUGACUAUAACCUGUUCAGGGGAACUUAGAUCGGCAGAGUCUUUUGUGGAUAACCUCAUCCCAAAGGAUCCUGAAACAGAUAAGACAGACUCAAUCGGGAUGUUGAGAUUGCAUAUUGUGGAGGUGGGUCCCGAGCAGGAGCCACCUUUAUUGGAAGAAGAGGAGGAGAAGGAUAUGGAGAGCGAGGGAAACAAGGGAGAUGAAAGUGGCUAUAAUUCAUCACUUGGUGAAUCUGUGUUGGAACCUGCUGAUACAGGAAUCAAUAAGAUAGAGAAUGAGGCUCAGAAGGAGAAAUCGGUAGCAGAAGAUCCUGAGAGCAAGGAAGUGGAGAUGGAUGAUUGGUUGUUUGAAUUUGCUCAGCUUUUUCGCACUCAUGUUGGCAUUGACCCAGAUGCUCAUAUUGACUUGCAUGAGCUGGGGAUGGAGCUCUGUUCUGAGGCACUUGAGGAGACGGUGACAAGUGAAGAAGCGCAAGGUCUUUUUGACAAGGCUGCUGCUAAGUUCCAGGAGGUAGCUGCUUUGGCUUUCUUCAAUUGGGGAAAUGUUCAUAUGUGUGCAGCAAGGAAACGCAUUCCCUUAGAUGAAUCUGCUGGAAAGGAGGUAGUGGCAGCACAACUUCAUGUGGCUUAUGACUGGGUUAAGGGAAGAUAUUCUCUGGCCAGAGAGAAGUAUGAGGAGGCACUCCUGAUUAAACCGGACUUUUAUGAGGGGUUGCUGGCUCUUGGGCAGCAGCAAUUUGAAAUGGCCAAACUUCAUUGGUCAUUUGCACUUGCCAAGAAGAUGGAUCUUUCUAGUUGGGAUUCUGCCGAAACUCUUAAACUUUUUGACAGUGCAGAGGAAAAGAUGAAGGCUGCAACUGAGAUGUGGGAGAAGCUGGAGGAGCAGAGAGCAAAUGAGCUAAAAGAUCCAAGUGCAAGUAAGAAGGAAGAGUUAUUGAAAAGAAGGAAGAAACAAGGAAGUAAUGCUGAAGGUGAGCCCUCUAGCCUUAGCAGUCAGGGUGAAAUUUUAGCAGAUGAAGCAGCAGAACAAGCAGCUGUGAUGAGAUCACAGAUACAUCUCUUCUGGGGUAACAUGCUUUUUGAGCGAUCCCAAGUUGAAUGCAAAUUGGGGAUGGGUGGUUGGAAGGAAAACCUAGAUGCUGCUGUUGAGCGCUUUAAGCUUGCUGGAGCUUCUGAGGCUGACAUUUCGACAGUUCUGAAGAACCACUGCUCUAAUGGAGAUGCAGUUGAAAGGGAUGAGAAAAAGGUUGUGACUGAUGAAGCUAAGAAUGAAGUAGUUGAUCAAGCAUUGGGCAAGUGAUAUGGAGAGAUACUAUCCAUCUGUGACGCAGCUUACCUUCAGAUUUUCUCAUUUAAGCAUGAGUUUGAAUUGGAGAAAUGAAAUGCUUCUUUUCUUAUAUCAAAAUGGUGGAAUUCUAGAGUUCUUUUCCUUUGUUUUUGAAAAAUCGGGUGCCAACAUUAAGUGUCUGUUUACUCCAAAGAUUUUGUGCUUUGAGUUCUCCAUGAUAAUUUUCAAGGUGACAUUUAACAUUGUUUCAAUACUAAUGAGUUUUCAAUAAACAAUUUAUUUGCUAA